AUGUCACCAAUUCGUAUAGUGAUGUUGGGUUGUAUGGGUGUUGGGAAGUCGACAAUUAUAGUGCAACUCGUUAUAAACCGUUUUCUUGAAUUAUAUGAUCCAACAAUUGAAGAUACAUAUAGAACACGCAUCUCAAUUGAUCGUGAGGCAGUACUAAUUGAAGUGGUUGACACAGUAUCAGCAUAUGAGUAUCCAGGAUGUUAUGACAAAUACAUUAAAUCCAGUGAUGGAUUUGUCAUUGUUUACUCAAUCACUUCAUACUCAUCAUUUGUGGAUGCAGAUUUUUAUAGAAAAGAAGUGUACAACGCGUUUGAUGGAAACUUCAGUAAACACAUUCCAAUUGUGUUGUGUGGGAACAAGUGCGAUUUGGAAUUUGAAAGACAGGUGUGCACAAUAUAUGCUAAAAACGUUGUUGAUGAAUGGAAAAUAUUGUUUUAUGAAACUUCAGCAAAGAACAAUACAAACAUUACAGAAAUGUUUCAAGUUUUGGUUGAAGACAUUAAAGAAAAAAAACAAUACUAA